GCUGUAUUUUCUAUGCAAAACAGCUGUUUGGUUCCCUUUCUUCGAAACGGAUGAAGUCAUUACUAUGCUUAAACUACGAAUAUGAAAACAAAACCGAAAAAUGGAAAGAACAACUGGUGACUAAGGGCGAGGAACCGUUCACGUAUAUGAACAUAUUAGUGUCUGAGCUAAUAUUUGAAAAAUGACAGUAUCUUGAGAUGCAUUUUGAUAGAUCACAGAAGCCAUAUAUAAAUCCCAUACGGACAAACUAUUCAGCUUUUUGGAAUUACUGGCUUACCCUGCUGCACAUCUUCUCAGCAAUUGGUUCUUCAUUCCGCAAAAAAUCCAAAAAGAAAAAAAUAACUCAAGGUUCUUCAUUCUGCAAAAAAUCCAGAAAGGAAAAAAUAACUCAAGGCUCUAAGUUCGGUGAACCCAGAAAGGAAAUAGUCCCCCAAGGCUCUAAGUUCGGUGAACCCAGAAAGGAAAUAGUCCCGCAAGGCCUAUCAAUUCGUAAAAAGCCCAGAGAGGAAAUAAUAUCCCCAGUUAACAUUUUUACUCAUUUUUUGGAAGGAUGUCAAUCCCAUGAAGAACCAGAAAAGGAAAUAAUUACCCAAAGUAAUGGUUUCAAACCCGGUGAAGAAAUGAAAAAGGAAGUAACAGGCGAAGGCUCUAUGUUCGGUGAACCCAGAAAGGAAAUAGUCCCCCAAGGUAAUAAUAAUGCAACUUUUUAUUUUCUUGCUUAUGAAUUGCUUCAUAUAUUCCUCAGCACUGUUAUUGCAUACAUGGGACUUAUACCACGACUUAUACCCAGUGAAGGACUGAAUAGAAAUAAUUACCCAAG